UACACGCACUAAAUGGACGCCAUCUUGCUGACGUAGCGGAAAGGGAGGGACUUUCGACCAAUUUUUCAGAGCUGAAUAAUGGCUGCCACCGACUCAGCGGUAUCGGAGCAAGCAGAAGCUAUUUUGUACAGAUGGACAGAUGAGGACACCAGGGCGCUCAUUCACUGGCGGGCAGCCAAUCCCUCCUUGUUCACAGGGAGGAGGCAUGCCAGUAUUGAAGCUUACAAUGUCUUCUUAAAAGAAAGAGGCCUUGAGGGUAAGGUGGAGCCCAAGGCCCUGAAGAAAAGAUGGGAGAACCUGGUCUCCAAAUACAAGGUUAGAUGCUGUCUUGGCCCAUGUACAGACCUUAAGCGUCCCCGAACCGGGGUGAGCACAGAGGGGGGUGGGGUCACUGCCGCUUCUUGGAAAUGGUACAGCUUCAUGGAUGAGGCAAUAGGGAGCAGGCCGUCUGUGACACCACCUGUCCUCUUUGCCUCAUCCAGCCCGGAGGUGGCAGUGACCACACCCCAUCCUGUGGAGACGGGCACCACCUCCACCCUGUCGACCCCAAAAAGACGGCGGGUAGACAGGGUGGAGGACAUACUGGCUGCCUUAAAAGACAGCGACAGACAGAAUAUGGAGGCACUUGAGGAGAUGGAGAGAGUGCAGCAGCGGAGAGACGAGGCCAGGGAAAGAGAGGCGAGAGAGGCUGCAGAACGGGAGGAGAGGAGGCACCAGGAGCUGAUGGAGAGAGAAGAAAGGAGGCACAGGGAGAUGAUGGAGAGGGAGGAAAGAUUUUACAGGGAUUUGAGGGAGAGGGAAGAGAGGAGGGACAGGGAGGUGGCUAGAAGGGAGGAGCGCCUCAUGGCGGUUUUAGAGAGGCUUUGUAAAUAA